AUGGAUCAACAGAGCGAAUCCCAGAAGGAGGUUGAGCUACGCCGAAAGCGUGCUCGUGACCGCAAGGCACAGCAGGCAAUGCGUGACCGAACCAAGUGGACGAUAAACUCUCUUAGCGAGCAAGUUUCCGUCCUCACGGCCACCAUAGAUGAGCGUUCGUGUGAGCUUCACUCUCUCAGACUGACCGUCAGCCAGCUGGAAGCCGACAAUGCACACCUUCGCACGCAAAAUGCUGCCUUGCAACUGAGUCUCCUCGGCCGUGUUGUGGACGGGAACGAUACUUCGACAGUCUCAUCGGGCCUUAGCCCUAUCAGUGUUGAUAGUAUACAUGUGCCUCCAUGGGAGCUCUCUCCGCGAAACAACCCCGCUGGGUGUCUAGCAGACGACAUUUUGCAGGAUUUCAUCAACCAGACACGGACAACAGGGCUGGCCAGCACCCCGCUAGCUACUGAAGAUCAAAACUCGACGUCCACAUGGAAACCGAACCUAUGCAGUCUACUUGACAGGAACCAUCGCCCAGACGACAAGAUCAGUAAUGUGGUAGCCGGCAUCGUCAAUGCGUACACCGAAAUUGAAGACCUACCGAGGCAGGUGGCCGUCUUUGUCAACCUUGCCCAUCUUCUCAACUGGAUGGUUCUUUUGGACCGAGAUAGUUGGGAACUGCUUCCAGACUGGCUGCGGCCAGUGCCUAUCCAAGUAGCCACUCCGCACGCCGCCUGGAUUGACCGUAUUCCCUGGCCUCGUGCUCGAGAGUACUUAAUCCUUCAUCCGGAAAUUACGUUGGAUGACUUUGUCGUUCCGUAUAGCAGCAGUUUUAGCUUGAAUUGGCCCUACGACCCUACAUCGGUUCUUUUAUCUCCUGUGACGAGGAAUGACGAGAUCACGCAGAUUACCGUGAAUCCAGUCUUUCAAGAGCAUAUGAAACAAAUAAGCAACUGGACUAUCGGGGAAGCAUUCCGGAAACGUUUCCCAGAUAUGUCGCGGCUUAUUGACAUGGACCUCGCACAGGUGUCAGCGCCGUCUACUCCAUCUACAAAAGGCGCUUCUGCAUCACACUGA